AUGGCGUACUCAUCUCCUGAUCCCCUGUCGGCCAAUUGGUCCUACGACAGCGCCAUCGACCUGUUCUCCCUCAACACCAUGGUCCCCGAGUCCUUCCCCAUGGACAUCCCCAACGACAUGCUGUGGGAUACCAAGGACCUGCCGGCAGACUUCUUUGCUGCCCCGACGGACAUCAACGGCUUUACUGUCUCUCAUGACGACUCGCUGUCUUCAGACGAAAGCGACGACCAGUCCUUCUCGCCAACAAACUUCAUGUCCUCCACGCCUCCUUCAGCAAUCGACCUCCCCUCUCCCAUUCAGACAAUCCACCCCUCGCAAACCCAGGCCCAGCUCCCAAAGCGCAAGGCCUCGUCCAUCUCAACCUCCUCAACCCGCUACUCCUCCUCCCCAGAACUUCCCCCACAACAACCACAACAGCAGACGACAUCAACAUCAACACGCAAGCCCCGCAGCAGCGCAGCAAACAGAGGCGACGACACCGCGCGCGGCCGCAACGCGGCCAAACGGGCCGCCCACAACAUCAUUGAGAAGCGCUACCGCACCAACAUGAACGCUAAGUUCGUGUCACUGGAGAAGGCCAUGGCCGUGAAGCCAGCGGGUGUGUCCAAGCCUGUCACCACGACAUCAACGGCAGCUUCAAACGGGGUCAAGUCGUCUGCGUCGCUGAAGAAAUCCGAGAUCCUGAGCAAUGCCAUCACGUACAUGCAGGAACUCCAGGAUGCGAACGAGCGGUUACGCAAGGAGGUUCUGACGCUGAAGCGUGACCGGGAGAGGAGAUACUGCUAG